AUGAGAUGAGAUGAGAUGUCAUCAAAUAGAUAACAAACUAUUCCUGUACUACAAUAAAAACACGUUAUCAGUAUGAAAAUAUUUGCUUUUUCAUUUAUAAAAUAAAACCAAAGCAAGCCGUAAAAUGUCAGGGGGUGCAAAUAGGAAGAAAAAUACCCGGUCGCAGGGUUGGGAAGAAGCUGGUUCUGAGUUUUAUCAAGAAAGUUACCCCGCUGAUACGGAAAUUGAAGUUUUACAAAGGGAUCCCAAACACUUACAUACACUUUUACCCAGUAAACUAAAUAGAGGAGCUGCAGCCACGAUCCGCAUAAAAACAAAUGACUACCGCACGAAUAACAAGACGCUUAGGUGCAGAUCCCGCAGGGAAUCGACAGUUCAUCGAAGAACUUCACUUGCAGGAGAAGUACAGGUAUCUAUGCUGCCAGAUUUAUCGGAAAUGAGGUCAAAUGAGCAGACCGCAUGGGAGGAGAUCAUGCGGAUAAAAUCUUUGCCUAUUCCCAUGUCGGAGAAGAAAGAAAUGAAGUUCAAAAUUUUGAAUGAACCCAAUUUGCGGCUGCAAGGAUUCGAACAAUUCAAAUGGAAACGGCGAAAAAUGUGGGGCCAUUUGAAAACCCGCUUCGAGGAAUUUGUGCUCAAUCUAGGACUAUGGAGAGGAUCUAUGAAAUACAUAGAAGGUAACUUCGGUACGGGAAUUGUAGCCUUCUUCCUCUUCGUUAGAUGGUUGUUUGUUCUAAACGUAUUCCUGUUCUUGCUGGUGUUUUUAUUUAUCAACUUGCCAACUAUUUUAAUGGAUGUUAAGAAGAAUACGAUAUGCCCAAGUGAAAAUUCGACGGAUAAAUGUUGUGCUCAAAUCUAUUUCAAUAUGACGCUUUCGGAAAACCAUGUAGUUUUCGAUUUUGUACAGGGGACUGGGUUUUUAGAGCGUACCAUGUUGUUUUACGGGUUCUACAGCAACGAAGUACUUGAAUAUAUGACUGGAGGUAUAACUAUGAUCUAUAAUAUGCCAGUGGCGUAUUUCUUAUUAGUAAUCGCCUGUUUUGUUAUAUCAGCUCUCUCCAUCCUCAACUCAGCAGCGAACGGAUUUAGAGAACGCCUCAUAGAAGGAGAAGGACAGUUCUAUCAUUACUGCAACACUAUCUUUGGCGGCUGGGAUUUUUGCAUCGAUAACGAAAAGGCUGCAAAGAUAAAGCAGCAAUUGAUAUAUAACGAUUUGAAGGCAAACAUAGAAACUGAAAAAAUAAACGAGGAAAUCCAGAAUCGCUCAACCAAGGAAAAAUGUAAAAUAUACUUUUACAGAAUUAUAGUCAAUUCUGUAGUGCUAGCAAUUCUAGGAGGAUGUGGAUGUAUAAUUUACUUAGUGUUUACCUUUUGUACGAAACAAUCAUCAGAGGACAAGUAUAUCCAGUUUCUCUACGAAUUUUUACCAUCUUUGACGAUAGUCGGAUUGAACAUGGUGAUCCCAUUCCUAUUCAACUUCCUUAUGACCUUCGAGAAGUACAAACCUUCUACUGAGCUGAAGUGUUCCAUCAUCCGGAUUGUCUUCUUGAGACUUUCGGCGUUGAUUGUGCUCUAUGGCUCCGUUUGGAGAAAGAUAACUUGCGAUAAAGAGGACCUUAAUGCUUGUGUAGUGUGUCCAGACAGUCCACCUUGUUGGGAGACUUAUGUCGGUCAACAAAUCUACAAGCUUUUGUUGACUCAUUUCGCAAUUCAAGUCGUAAUGACUUUCUUCAUUAACGCACCAAAAGCUUUAUUGGCGCGACACGUGAAAAACAAAAUAAUCAAUUUUCUUUGUGUACAAACCUUCGAUCUUCCAAAGCAUUCCCUGGACAUUGUCUACACGCAAACGCUUAUUUGGAUCGGCAUUUUUUACGCCCCCCUCAUCUCUUUUAUGGGCACAAUAAUAUUCUUUCUAAUGUUUUAUAUUAAAAAGUUCGCUUGCGUUUACAACUGUAAACCAAGUCCCAUCAUUUACAGAGCCUCUCGAACAAAUUCCAUGUUUAUGUUAGUACUUCUAAUAUCGUUCGCAUUCGCUGCCCUUCCGUUAGGUUUUUCCUUCUCGGAUCUCACUCCAUCCCACUCGUGCGGACCCUUCAGAGACAAGGAGUCCGUGUGGGCCUUAGCCGUGAGUUUGUUUCUGCAAACCCCUAAUUGGGUGCAGACUAUUAUCUUCUUUUUGGGUACGGCCAAAUUUGCCGUACCGUGUAUCAUAGGAUUGUUCUUCGCUCUUUACUACUAUAGGGGUGUGAACUCCGCCAACAGGCAGUUGGUGUCUGUUUUGAAGAACCAGUUGGUUCUGGAAGGACACGAUAAGCAAUUUUUGUUGGAUAGACUGAGUUUGUUUAUCAAACAGGAGAACCAGAAAAGACUUAGAAGUGAACAAAGGCUAGAGGACGGGGAUACGAAUUAGGUAAUAAGCCAAAACUUGUGAGAUUAGAAUUAAUAAUCAAUGGACCAAUUUAUGAAAGUAUUUUUUCAUUUUAAUUCAAUUACACAACAUGUAAUUUUUACAUAUAGUUGGUUUUUCAAUAAGUUUUGUCAUUUGUUCCAGAAUUAGGCAUGAAUUAUUUUAUAUGUGAAAUGAAGAUAGUCAAAAGGAGCUAAAUAUGACGAAUAGGGUGGAUCUGUGAGGGUGACCGAAUUCUACCAAAACUGUAUUGAUGGCCCAGAAAUGCGAGGUAGAACAUGCUAUAAAUAAUGCUAAAAUUAUAAAAGCCAGAUGAUACACCAGGUCCAGAUGAUACACCAACUGAGUUGCUGAAACUAAUAGAGAUUGGUAACAUAAUAGUAGUAGUAAGACUUUUUAAUUCAAUAUAUAACACCGAAGUGGUUCGCACAGAUUGGCCCAAAUCCAUAUUUGUCGCAAUCCUAAAACACAAUGCGAGAAAAUGCUCAGAAUAUCGAUUAAUUAGCCUAAUGAGCCACACUCUUAAAAUUUUCCUCAAAAUACUUCAUAAUAGAGUUGGACGCAAAUGCGAAGAAGAUCUUGAAGAUACCCAAUUUGGUUUUAGAAAUGCUAUGGGAACCAGGGAGGGACACUUUUUGCGCUUAACAUCCU